AUGACAUCUUAUGAGGAAACAAGAGAGUUCAUGAAACGUGCCUUAGUUGGGGAAGUGGAAAAUUUCCAAGCAUUAAUGAAUGUGAGAGCCUUUACUGAAGUAGAAGAAUGCCCUACAAUAGUGAUGAGAUACUUGGGAGGAAUGAAGACCCUAGUGGAAUUCGAAAGUGAAGCCGACAAAACCAAAUUCCUAAUGGAAGGAGGGCAUAUAUGGAAACCCUGGUUCAAGACGAUGUACAACUGGAACCCAAAAGAAAAUUUUAACGAAAGAUUAUCAUCAAUAAUGAUUUUCGGAAUACCACAACAUGCUUGGUGUGAAGAAGCGAUGCAAAGACUUGGGGCAACGUAA